AUGAUACCGAAGCCACAAGAUCACUUUCUUUUAUAUUUAUCUGCCAAUUCACCAGUGUUAUAUCUGAUCAAUGCAUCGUUCAAAGAUGAACUAAUUAAUGAACACUUAGCGAGUUAUUCUCGGAUGUAUGAUAGUGCAUCACGUGGUUGUAAUACAACGAGAUCAUUAAAUAAAGAACAAGAACAAAAUUUCCCUAUUAUAUCGAAAUUACUUAUAACACUUAGUCAACAAAUUGUACCUUAUCCAAACGAAUAUUUUCAUGGUCGAGGUAUUGUUCUUACUGUUGGACCACUUCAAUUAACAUUAGCAAGAGUCAAUCUAAGAAUGAUUGAACACAGUGGUAGUCAAUUAAAUGUUCAAGUAAAUAUAAUUCCAUUUAGACGUACAUCAAAAUGA